AUGGCGAAAGACAAAGAUGAAAGUAGGUAUCGCAGCCGUAAUCAUGACUAUGAUAGCGAUAGGCGAAAGAGAGAUAGAGAUAGAGAGAGAGAUAGAGAGAGAGAUAGAGAUAGAGAUAGAGACAGGGAUAAAGAUAGAGAAAGAAAUAGACCAAGAUCUCGCUCCAGGAAUCCAUUAUCACUGGAAGAACUAAUAAUAAAAAGAAAUCAAGAAAAGGAAGAGCAAUCGAAACCUAAAUUUUUAACCAAAGAAGAACGUGUUGCCGCAGCCCUAAAGAAAAGACAGCUAGAAGUUGAGGAAAGGAAUAAGAAGCUACAGGAAGAACGAGAAAAAAGACAAAAAUUUGAGGAGGAGAGCAAUCAAGAUCGUAGGUCUAGACGAGAUCGAAGGGAAAGAGAUCGUCGAGAAAUACACGAUGAUCUUGAUAGAGACAAACAGAAGGAACUUGAUGCGAUUAAACAACAAUACCUUGGUGGUAUAAAAAAGAAAAAGAAACUGCGUCGUAUGAACGAAAGAAAAUUUGUGUUCGAUUGGGAAGCUACAGAUGAUACGUCCGAUGAUAUUAACCCUAUAUAUCAGGAAAGACAUAAUAUUCAAUUUCUUGGACGCGGGCACAUUGCUGGAAUUGACUUAAAGGAACAAAAGAAAAAUCAAUCGAGAUUUUAUGGGGAUUUAUUAGCAGAAAGACGCACUAAGGAAGAAAAAGAUAUGGAAAGAGACCGAAUUAAUCGAGAAAAAAAUAAAGAGAAAAGGGUAGCUUAUGAUGAGAGACAUUGGACUCAAAAAGAUUUGGAUGAAAUGACUGAAAGAGAUUGGAGAAUUUUUCGUGAAGAUUACAAUAUUAGUACAAAAGGUGGAUCUAUUCCAAAUCCCCUUAGGGCGUGGUCGGAAUCCGAGUUAUCAAAGGAAUUGCUUGACAUAAUUAGCGACUUGAAAUAUAACGAACCGACCCCAAUUCAACGGCAAGCAAUUCCGAUUGGCUUGCAAAAUCGAGAUAUAAUUGGUGUGGCAGAAACAGGUAGCGGUAAAACAGCUGCUUUCUUAAUACCUUUAUUGGUAUGGAUAACCAGUUUGCCUAAAAUUGUUAGGGAAGCUGAUAUUGAUCAAGGUCCAUAUGCAAUCAUUAUGGCACCCACGAGAGAGUUGGCACAACAGAUUGAAGAAGAAGCUGCUAGAUUUGGAAAACCUGUUGGGAUUCGAACCGUUGCCGUGAUAGGAGGGCUUAACAGAGAGGAACAGGGCUUUCUCCUAAGGCAAGGAUGUGAAAUCGUUAUUGCGACGCCCGGACGACUUCUGGAUGUAUUAGACAAUAGUUAUCUUGUUCUUAAUCAAUGCACCUAUGUCGUAUUGGAUGAAGCUGAUCGUAUGAUUGAUAUGGGCUUCGAACCAGAUGUACAAAGUAUCCUUGAAUAUCUACCAGUUAGUAAUCAGAAGCCCGAUACAGAUGAUGCUCAAGAUCCUAAUAAGAUACGGUUAAAAUUAGGCGAUAAGAAUAGAUAUCGACAGACCGUCAUGUUCACAGCAACAAUGCCACCCCCUGUUGAGAGAUUAGCUAGGAGUUAUCUGAGGCGACCCGCAGUAGUAUACAUUGGAUCUGCAGGAAAGCCUACAGAGAGCGUGGAACAAAUAGUUCACAUGAUGAAAAAUGAAAACGAUAAACGAAAGAAACUUGUUACACUACUUAAAACACUGGAAUCGCCCAUUAUUAUAUUUGUUAACCAAAAGAAGGGUUGUGAUGUUCUUGCAAAAUCUCUCGAGAAAAUUGGGUAUCGCUCUGCGACAUUACACGGUGGUAAAAGUCAGGAUCAAAGAGAGCUAGCUUUGAACGGACUCAAAUCAGGUUCAAAAGAUAUUCUUGUAGCUACUGACGUAGCAGGCCGUGGUAUUGACAUACGGGACGUACAAUAUGUUAUAAAUUACGAUAUGGCGAAAUCGAUUGAAAGUUAUACUCAUCGGAUUGGUCGUACUGGGCGUGCUGGAAAGACUGGUACCGCUAUAACUUUCUUAACUAAUGAUGAUUCAGGCGUGUUCUAUGAUCUUAAGCAAUUAUUGCUGUCAAGUCCUAUAAGUACAUGUCCGAUAGAGCUAUCAAAUCAUCCUGACGCUAACAGUAAACCAGGAAAAAUUAUGACAAAGAAGCGAAGAGAAGAGAAAAUAUUUAUCGCUUAG